AUGCUUAAAGCCAACCUCAACUUCAAUCCAAGUGCCUCCGCCGACAAGCUGUUGACUCUCUCAUUGCAGCCGCUCAAGUGUGAGAGAACUUGCAUAUUACAGAGACGCUUUGGGUCAAGCCGCUUUCUCUACGUCGAGGUGCCACAGGUCCACACGUUCAAUGGCAUCCAUCUUAAGGGCCAGCAAGAUCUUCUCAAGUCACGAUUCAAAGACCUCUACGAGAUUCUCAAUUGGGCUAUUCUACUGGGCAAGAAUGGUCAACAAGGGUUCCGCAAGGCAUACGCUCGCCUGGAUCUAUUCCUGUCUCAGACAAUACCAACAGUUAGGUUCACUUACAGAGAGGUCAAAUAUGUGAAAGACGCUUUGGCAGAUGGCACUCUAGAGAGCGAGGAGUUUAACGAUCGCCGUGUGUGGAUGAUUAGCGCACCAUAUGACACGACCGACGCGAAGCACCUCAAGAGAUGGAUUCACAUGUCAGAGAGUCAACGUAAAGUCAUACCGAGAGACGAAGACUUCUCCGAUAGUUGUGAGGCUGAUAGAUGGUCAUUUGAACUGGUCAAAUACACCGCACCACCAAAAUCGUCAACACUGAAUCUGGACUUCAUCCCAAUCUUACAGAACCGUCACGUUUCUCGCAUUACAUUGCGACAAGUAAUUGAAAGCCAACUGGAGAUGGACUUUGCGGCCUUCUUCGAAUCCCUUGAUGACCCGCUAUGGCUCUCCUCCGUCCGCUCGAAGCUGAAAAUCCGUCUCGGUAAAUCUGCUAUGGCUCUGGGCGUGGCUGAUCCAACUGGAUGCUUGAAACCUGGGGGAAUACACAUGGCUUUCUCAGAAACAUUUCGAGAUGAGGUGUCUGGCGAGGUCUGGUCACAUCUCAAGAGUGAGGUAUCGGUUGCAAGACACCCUUCGCUCAGAUGUUCCGACUUGCAAAAAGUCAGAGCUGUGUAUAAGGAGGAGCUCAGCCACUUGACCGAUGUCGUGGUAUUUCCAUCAACAGGCUGUGUUCCACUCGCACACAAACUUCAGGGUGGUGACUACGAUGGUGACACGUUCUGGCUUUGUUGGGACCCAAGGUUGACCGCUGAUUUCGAGAAUGCACCUUCGCCGGUCGAAGAGCCAAAGUUGGAAUACUACGGCAUCAAAAAGGACUCGCGUAAAUUAAGGGAUAUUCUGGGCAGCGAUAACAAUGUCGACACUUGGUUGUCUGAGAGUUUCGCGUUCAAGCUAUAA